UGUAAAUGUAAUGUGUGUUUGUUUAUUAUUUGUUUCCUAAUCGUUAUUUAUUUUUCUGCAUUGUUAGUUUUUAUUUAAUGUAUUUGUCGGACUUUUGAAACUAAGAUGUUUUUUGAUGGAUGUGAUUCAACGUCUAUGAGCGGUGGUACGUCAACAAACGAAGAAAAUGACUCUGAUUUUAGCGAAAGGUUUGUAACAGAGAAUUCUAGUCAAGAUUUUGGUUCCGCAUCGUGUUCUAAAAGUGGCGAGGCAGAUGUUACGGAGAAGGAUUUUGCUGUACAGCCGGUAAAUUUCAGGGAAGAAAACGAAAGGAAUUUGACAGAAGAUUCUCGUCCGCUUUUUAGCAUCAAAUUCAGAAACGAAAUCAUUGCAAGGAAGUACAGGGAAGCAGUGAAGAAGUUCCUGAAGGAGCUGAUCGCCAAGCAUGACCCGGCCGCCGAGAACGGCGACAUUUCGGACCUGGAGCUGGACAUCUGGGAGGAGGGCUCGGGCGAGGGGAGCCCGCCGGCCCCCGGCACGGGAGAGCAGGUCGCCGCGAGUCCCGGGGGGCCCGGGCCGGGCCCAGACGACAAACCGCGGGACCCCCUCCCGGUCCCAGACGACGCCAACCUCUUCGUCAUCGACAAGCGUCCGAAAGUGACGGACGGCCGGGAUGUCCCAUUUUACCGCCAGCGGCGGAGCUUCAAGACGCUCAUAGAGUCGGAGGGCAAGCCCGAGGAAGCGAGCGCGAGCGCAGCGUCCCCGCGGCGGAUGACGUGCUUCAACUGCCACGGCAGCCACAGUCUGCGCGACUGCCCCAAGCCACGCAACCAGCUGAACAUCAACAGGAACCGGCGCGACUUCGUCGCCGCGACCGGCAAGCAGACGGGUCGGUACCACGUGGAGGAGGACCAGAAGUACUCCUCGUUCGCCCCGGGCAGGAUCAGCGACGACCUCCGGCGCGCCCUCGGCCUGCGGAGGAACGAGCUGCCGCGCCACGUGUACCGCAUGCGCCAGCUGGGCUACCCGCCCGGGUGGCUGGCCGCGGCCCGGGUCCACCACUCCGGCAUCUCCGUCUUCGACGAGCAGGGGAAGGAAGUCCUUCAUUCAGACGAUGAAGAAGGGGAGGUGAUCUCUGAAGAAAUGAAAGUCAAAUAUGAUCCCUCGAAAAUCAUAGAGUUCCCAGGUUUCAAUGUACAGCCGCCUCCGGGAACGAGAGACGACUCCAGGUACUACCGCUGCCCGCCCAUGACGGAGGAGCAGAGUUUGGAGGCGAUGCUGGGCCAGCUGGGGCCCACCUACAUGGGCGGCAAGCGGCGACGCAAGAAGGCGGUGAUGGCGGUGCAGACCGCCACGCCCCAGUCCGACCUCGACCUCACCGCGGCGGACAUGGACAUGGACGACGCUCCAGCAGGGGUGAGCCUGCCCUUGCUGCCGAGCGACGACAACUGCCGGUUCAUCCCGCCGCUGCCGAUAGAAACACCCCCUCACGCGCCGCCUCCUCCCCCGUCGGAGACGCCCCCGAGACCGCCGGCGCCUUCGUCCAUGGAGAGUGACUCGGAAGGCGCGGACUCCAGGAGUCUGGGAGUGUCCUCUCCGCUCUCGACCAGGGGCUGUGCUGCGCAGGGCCACAGCAGCGUGUCGUCGCCGCGCCCGCAGUCGCCCUCGCUGUCCGAGCUGGAGGGCAAGAAGGCGCUGCUGCUGGCCGAGCUGGAGGACGGAGCGAGCUCGGACACUGCCCCCCGGCCCCCGGUCGGCUCCACCACCCACCACACGCCCCUCUCCCUCGGCAAGGUGAAGAACGUGAACCUGGGCACGCCGGUCCUGCAGUCCAGCUCCCCGUUCAAGCGGCUGCCGGAGCCCGUCAAGUUCUCCAAAGACGUCUCGGACGUCAUCAACUUCGAGAACCUGCCGGAGAGCACCGGCGCCUACGGGAAGAUAUCCGGCGUGAUCGAGAAGGUGCGCAAGGUGAUGAGCAGCGAGCAGGUGUAGCCGGCGUCUGCCGCCGCGACACAUUCCAGUACGCGACCGUCUCUAGCCUCACGUGCAAUACUUACUGUAUUAAUUUUUACGAACCAAAGCUAUUUUAAUGUGCAUAUAUGUUUGUACAUGCCUAUUUAAAUUUUUUAUUUGCUUUUAUUGGUUACAGUCAGGGGCACAACAACAAGGGGGGGGGGGGGGCAAGGGUAUUUUGCCCCCCCCCUUCAAUAGAGUGGAUUGAUGAUUCUUUAUAAAAAGGUAUAUUGCCCCCCCCAUCCCUUUGGAAAUUUAGUUGUUUCGCCCCUGGUUAUAGUUAAUAAAAGGAGUUGCGUCCUAAUAAAAUCAGAUCAUAUUUUGUAAUUUAAUAGGCAGAAAUAUUUUGGAAAACUUGACAUGCAAUAGCUUUGUUUUAAAUAAAUGAAUUACAAUAGUAUUAAAUGCUCCUGCGAGUGAUUUUUUUUUUCUUUCUGUUUAGUCUGAGAAUCGGGAUUCCCCAAUCCUAUGUUAUUGUUUAAUAAUAUGUACACAAAUAAUGAAUUUUGACUACAAGAAACAAAUUUGUUAGUGCAGGGGACAAUAAUUUUUUAAGAAAAGAUUUAUUAUUAUUAUUAUUUUAAUUUUUGAUGUCGUAAUAGUCUAUACCAAAGCUGAACAUAAUUAAUUUUACAUUAAUUUCAAGCAAGGUGUUUCUAUUACCUUAUUUACCCUGCAGUUUCCAAACAAGGAAUUUAAUAAUGGCUCUUAGAUAUAUUGAUUGAUGGCUCUGUGAACAUCACACUAUUGUUUUAUCAAUUAUCAUGAUCACUGUUUUUUAUGAUUUCUGUCUUAUCAUCAAGAAUACAAUUUAUUUUAUUUUUUUUAAUUGAUUCUUACGCACUACUUAAGUUACCAAAUAUGAGCAACUAUCAUGCUCAUAAAAUCUCAGGUUGCUGGGAGGAUCCAUUUAAACGAUAAAUAUUUCCAGCUACCGGUUACAAGAUUAAGAUAAGUACUUGUCAUUGCUAUUUUUCAAUGAGUUAUCUACAACACAAAUAAAUUUAAACACUUUAAGAAGAACAGAAAAAAAUUUCUUAUAAUUUCAAUAGAUAUUCUCUCAUUUUCAUUUGUUAAUUAGCUGAGAACUUGAGCAGAAUUUCAUUUUUGUGGCACCAUAUUCCCAUUUACUGAAGUAAUAUUGUAAUAUUAACAUCAACGUAGAUGACUUUGGUCCUAGAAUUUUAUGAUGUAGGCAUCAUGUUAGCAUCCCUCUUGAACAUGCUUACUACCUAUAUUCCCUUAUGCAUUUUCCCCUCUUAAUUAAGUUAAUAUAUUUCCUUUCCAGCUCCCUCUAUCCACACAACACUUUUUCUUCUGCCAGCUUUUGGUUCCCCGCCCUCCCAAGACUUAAAUGAUCACCCAUUGGCCAUCGGGUUUCAUCCAGGAAUGGGCCAUCAAUUCUUAGUAUUUAUAUGAUUUGAGGAAAAAAAUAUUCUAAAGAAAAAAUUUGAGAAAGUAUAAUUCAAACACCAGUAGAUGUGUAAUUGACAAGGACUACAUUAUUUACCCAUACAGAAACUAUCAAUGAAAUAUUGUUCAUAUCCUAAAUAUGUAUAUGUGAUUUUGAAAUAAAUAUUUAAAAGGUUAAAUUAUUUUUAAAAACUUAAAA